GGCUGAGGAACAGAAAGACAAAUGCUCAAAGGGAACAGGGUAGAGGACCACUUUGACCCACAAGGGUUGUUGUUUUCCCCCAUGCAUUUGUUUGCACUCCCGUGCGCACAAGAAACUGCUAAAUGAUCCAGCGCAGUCCUCUAAAGACCUCUCGGGACUUGUCCGGCUUCGCUUUUUUGGUUGAGAUCCGCUAGGAGAGAGGACGCAAGAGGGAAUCGCUGAGCUGGAGGCAGUUUGUUGCAUGAACUCAGAAUCACUGCGAUGGAAUGAACCGCUAGAGAAACUCCACUAAACUUUUCUUUUUGCUCCUGUGAGUUUCCAUUUUAGUUUUCACCCCAAUCAUGUAUGGAUAACGGGAGGUUUGCUCAAGAAUCCGGCUCAAAUGGAUCAGCGCUGACGGGUUUAUGGAGCCGGGAUUACACAGCGCAGUGCCAGCCUGUUGAACGCCCACACACGGGCCUAUCACACACACACACACACACACACACCAUCUGCCUCGGAAUAAAUAACACUUUCCAGUGAAGACUAUCCAUGGAAGUAGUGUAGAAGUUUUGCAUAUGACACCGCUGUGAGUUUUACCGUUUCCUGCAGCCAGAACGAUGGCAAGCUCUGGCGCAUUGGCACAGAGCGUCUGCAGAUCUCUUUGGCCUCUUGGCUGUAUGCUUUUGUUUUUUGGCUACUUAUCCGUGGCCUCGCCGUCCCACGGUCGGCGGCUGAUAUGCUGGCAAGCCAUCAUGAACUGCCAAGCCGAGCCCGAGUGCAAUUACGCAUACGAACACUACGCGCGCGCAUGUGGUCCCGUUCUGAACGGGGAGAGGAGGAAGUGCCCCAGCCACUGCAUCUCCUCGCUUGUCCAGCUCAAUCUGACCAAAAACGGGCCGGCUCUGGAGGAUUGUAGCUGCGCCCACGAUCCGGUCUGUACGGGCACCAAACGGGCCAUCGAGCCCUGCCUGCCCAGGACUACCAGCACCGGCUGCACGGAAGCUCGGCGCCAGUGCGAGAGAGACGGACAGUGCAGCUCCGCUAUGCACGAUUAUUUGAAGCACUGCGGGAAACUUUUCAGCGGAGCAAUCUGCACGAACGCUUGCCGGAAUGUGAUCGCGAAUAUGCGUAAAAUACCCAAGGGUCAGCAGCUGGACACAUGUAUGUGUGACGGGACGGAGAGGGCCAUCUGUGAGUUUGUCAAGAGCAGCAUGAAGGCGCUGUGCUUCGACUCUCCCGUGAGAGAAGAAGGCAGCGGGUCAGACUACGGCCAAGAUCCAGAUUACGAUGACGACCCCUCGGAUCCAUACUACAUAGAUGAGCCGGACAGCGGAGCCUCUCUUUCUGCGUCCCACUUUGUUUUGACCCUGCUGGCAUCCAUUUUGGCUCUUUUGCCCCUCAUUUAAUCCCCGAGUUCAUAAUCUGCCCCGAUUUUUGUCCGGAUAAAAGGCAAUCUAAACAGCUGGCCCUCUUUGACCUGCUACUAUUGUGAAAGGUUAGAGCCUCACAGACUAAGGACAGCGUGUGAGCAAGGCUUGUUUGAAUUAAGAGUUUUGGACACUGAAGGAUAUCAAAUCAGGAUAUUUUCUAUGCAAACAAGACCAGAAAGAUAUUUUUACUGAGCUCCUGGCUGCCCACUCUUAUCAAACCACACCACUUCACUGCUCUCCAGAUGCUUUGCUUAUGUGAUAAGCUAAAUUAGAUUGUCUACUUUCUCUCAGUCACAGACUCUGAUUGUAAAGUUAUCAUGAUAAAGACACAGUUGGCUUGUUUUAGUAACGAUGCAACGUUUAAUCAGUAUAUGCUGAGCACACUGCCAAUCUUUUUUUUCUUUUUCUUUUUUAAAGAUAUGAACUAUUUUUAUAUGACACUGCUGCCAUAUGGCACCAGGCUAUCUGAUUUACAAGUAUUUAAUGCUGGAAUCUAUAAACUAUAUGAAACUGUAAAUAGAUGAGGAGUUAAAGUGAAACAGUAAUUUAUUACAUGCCACCUAGAUACAUCCAAAUGUUCAUCAUGUGAAUAAUAGACUGAGUAUUCCAGCUUUAAAGGGAAGUUAUUUUGACUGUAUUCUCUUCAAAGAUCAUGUGCAUUGUAUAUAUGUGUAUAGCCUAUAUAGAUUUUUUCAAAGAAUCCUCUAUGUUUUAGGUUAUGAGAUGAUUUAUUCACUGUGUAUAGCCUAGAGAAAGAAAUGUCUAAAUCCACUGUAUGAUUGCCUUAAUGAUAUACUUCUAUAGAAGGCAUAAAGGAAACUUGAAGAUAUCA